AUGGCGUUACAUCCGUGCGUCGAAGAAAUAGAACAAAAGUUUGGUCAACUUGAAGGAAUCACGUUCAGAGGAUUUUUUAUCGGCGAACAUUACGUCGAACAAACAGAUAAUUACCUACAGAUGAUUGAUGUUGAAAUCAACAAUGGAAAAUUUGCGCAGUCAAUUGGCGUGAUUUUAGCUGAAACAUACCAGCAAUAUGGAAGAUUGAUUUGGACGGGGGUGACAGGCCCCGAAACCAGUGAUAACUAUGAAACGUAUCGUUUCUUUGUGAACGCGAUUCAGAACGAGUACGGUGAUGACAUGCAGUUACAGGAAGGCGUGUUGUAUAAGUUCCAAAUAGUCAGAGUGAGAAUCUACCAAAGGAGGAACAUUGCAGAAGGUAGAUAUUUGUGUGGGGUCAACUUUACUCUUCGAAUCGUGAAACGGUAUUAGGAACGCCGAUUUUAAACGUUCGCCCAGUGACUUGAGCAUUCACACCUACAGCUGAUCAUUGAUGUUGGUCUUGCAGCAUGUUGGGUUCAGAUGUCAGAUCAGAUGUCGUGUUAUGUGAAACGCCGCGACUUUAA